CGUUCGGCGGAGGAGUUAACUGAAGUAAAGGAGUACCGGAUCUCUUACUCUGCAUGGCGGAGGAAUACCUAGCUGGUAGCUAACGUGGUGCUGAGGCUCGACGAGCAAAAAAAUGUCUGCCUGAGGGAGACCCACAAGUUCCUAUCGGGUGAAAUCCAAAACCUUUCCGAAUAGUGAAAGAACGCAAAACCACUGAAUUCUAGGGGACAUUAUUCUGUUUCAAUCCGGUUGCAGGGGCCAACAGUCGUCAAGCACCGGGUAGGAAGGUAGACCGGGACCUAAAUAAACUUCAACCCAAUUGUUGGAUGUUUAAACGGAAACAAGGAGCUGAUCAGAGUGGUUGACGAUGAAUCCUCAGCAGCGGAUGGCCGCUAUAGGAACAGACAAGGAGUUGAGUGACCUGCUGGAUUUCAGUGCGGUACGAUAUCCUUCGGGCUCUUCUUAUGACUUCUUACACACGAUGUUUUCCCCACCUGUUAAUAGUGGGAAAACCAGACCGACGACACUAGGAAGCAGCCAAUUCAGUGGAUCUGGUAUGGAAGAAAGGACAGCUACAGCUUCGUGGGGAACAAGCGGUCAGAUCAGCCCAUCGUACGAAUCUUCAAGAGGUUUUGCAGACAGUCCUCAUUACAGUGAUCACUUGAAUGACAGUCGAUUAGGGCCCCAUGAAGGAUUGUCCCCGACACCUUUCAUGAACUCAAAUCUGAUGGGGAAAGCAUCGGACAGAGGCCCAUUCCCACUGUAUGGGAGAGACACAGCCGUGCCUGGUUGUCAACCCAACCUCAUUCGAGCAGACAUUGGACUUGGAAGUUCAGGACAGCUUCCACCCUCAGGAAAACCAGGAAGUCCUUACUUCCCAUUCUCUGCUUCAAAUCCGCGUCGGAGGCCCUUGCAGGAUACAGCAGCAAUUGAUCCUGUACAAACAAAGAAAAUAAGAAAGGUCCCCCCUGGCUUGCCUUCUUCCGUCUAUGCACCUUCUCCAAAUUCAGAUGACUUUAACCGGGAAUCUCCAAGUUACCCAUCUCCCAAACCACCAAGCAGUAUGUUUGCGAGCACUUUCUUUCUCCAAGAUGGGAGCCAUAAUUCAUCAGAGCUGUGGAAUUCCACUAAUGGGAUCAGCCAGCCCGGAUACGGCGGGAUGUUGGGCAGCUCAUCAUCACACAUGUCACAGUCAAGUAGCUAUGGCAGCCUACAUGACCGCUUGAAUUACCCACCACAUCCAGUGUCACCAACUGAUAUAAAUGCCAGUCUUCCUCCAAUGUCCAGCUUCCAUAGGGGGGGCAGCACCAGCUCUUCAUAUGUGGCUGCUUCUCACACACCCCCUGUAAAUGGAUCAGACAAUCUACUGGGUGCAGGAAAUCGAGUUAACGCAGCUGGGGCUUCACAAACAGGGGACGCACUUGGAAAAGCUCUGGCUUCUAUUUAUUCUCCAGACCACACCAGCAGUAGUUUCCCAUCAAAUCCUUCAACCCCUGUUGGAUCGCCGUCACCUCUACCAGGUGCUAACCAGUGGUCGAGACAAGGUGGGCAGACACCGUCAUCUCCAAGCUAUGAGAACUCCCUCCACUCCCUGAAAAAUCGAGUUGAGCAGCAGCUACACGAGCAUUUGCAAGAUGCUAUGUCCUUCUUAAAGGAUGUCUGCGAGCAGUCGCGAAUGGAAGACCGCUUGGAUAGACUCGAUGAUGCCAUCCAUGUUCUGCGGAAUCACGCGGUGGGCCCCUCCACAAGCAUGUCUGCCGAUAUACACAGUUUACUCGGAGCAGCCCACAACGGACCCAUCGGCAGCCUGACCUCAAACUACGGAACAGCUGGACUCGUAGCAAACAGUCGACAGUCUUCAAUGCUGGGAAAUCACAGAGAAGAAUCUGUAAGUCUGAAUAGCGACCACUCUGCUCUGUCUAGCGCUGUUUCUGCUUCAAGCACAGAACUCAAUCACAAAACACAAGAAAGUUACAGAGCAUUGUCUGCUGGAUUGCCAGGCCAGCCUGUGAUUCCAAGCCUCAUAGAAGUCAAGUCUGAGCAUAAAGAAAAGGACGAGAACCUACAUGACGCAGCCUCCUCGGAUGAUAUGAAAUCAGACGACGAAUCAUCGCAGAAAGACUUAAAAAGUUCCAGAGGGAGAACAAGUAGUAUUAAUGAAGAUGAAGACUUAAAUCCAGAACAGAAACUGGAGAGGGAAAGAGAAAGGAGAAUGGCCAACAAUGCAAGAGAACGCUUGCGUGUCAGAGACAUCAACGAAGCAUUUAAAGAACUUGGGCGCAUGUGUCAGCUGCACCUAAAGAGCGAAAAACCUCAGACAAAACUGCUAAUUCUUCACCAGGCUGUAGCAGUUAUACUUAAUCUAGAACAACAAGUCAGAGAGCGGAACCUCAACCCCAAAGCAGCCUGCCUUAAAAGAAGGGAAGAAGAGAAAGUUUCUGCCGUAUCGGCAGAACCCCCAAACACACACCCAGGAGCUCACCCUGGGCUUACUGAUACUACCAACCCUAUGGGUCAUAUGUAAACAUCAGCCAGGACUCCCGCACUAUGAAAAGGAUAUAUAAGGAGAUGACCUGUCAUCACAAGGACACAGAUAACUUAAACAUUGACGACACACUCCUGACAGGCUAAUAAGAAAAAUGAAGAGGGGGGGUAAUAACUCAUAACUUGAAGCAAGACACCCAAAAUACAGUCUGUCGAUUUAAAGCAAAUGUUGAAGACCUGCAUCAAGAAGUUGAAAUCUACCAAUCAUGUGAUAGAAUUUCAGCCCAUCGAAUCGUAUGAACAUAUCAUAACCGUUUCAGUGUGUCGUUUCUGCACAAUCAGACUGUCAUAUUUCCUCCACAAACUGUGGAAGCUGCCUUGUGCCUAAAAUUAAUUGACAAAUGCAUUGUAUCUACAAAUUUUAUUUAUUGUUAAGGAACUGUUGUAAAGGUCUACAUAUAAAAGGGAAAAGUUGGGCUGAACACGGUAAAGAUUUCAGUUGAUGCCAGCAUUUGUUAUAGCUGUUCACAGAGAAUAAAAGCAGUGGCAACCUUU